CGCGCCCAUGGGGGAGCUAUAGACGGCCGCUGGGCCUUCGUUAUUCAUGUCCCUUCUUUGCGCGGGAAAAGAGAAAAAAACCCAUAUAGCUAUAUAGCGCUGAAGGAGAGGAAGACAAAGACGAAGAUGACGGCUCUCUCUAGCGCCGUUAUUGCAAUUCCUCCUCCAUCUUGCUCUCUCAGAUCCCCCAGAGACCGACAUUCCGUUCGCUGCUGCUCUUCUGCAACUCCACUUCGCGAUCAUCCUUUUGUUCCCAAGGUCGCAGAGGCAAUAGAUGCUCUGUAUGAAGAGUUUAGAGCGGUGGACAGCCUGGUAGCUCAUAAUACAAGCCGGGUUCUUAAGGCCUAUCAAAACGCUAGGGUUGCGUCUCACCAUUUUGCUGGGUGCACAGGUUAUGGUCACGAUGAAGCUGGGGGCCGUGAAGCACUAGAUAAAGCUUUUGCAGAAAUUUUUGGUGCAGAGUCAGCAAUAGUUCGCUCUCAGUUUUUCUCUGGCACUCAUGCUAUAUCCUGUGCACUGUUUUCUGUUUUAAGACCUGGCGAUGAGCUUCUUGCAGUUGCUGGUGCCCCUUAUGAUACAUUGGAGGAAGUCAUCGGAAUCAGGAAUAAUGGACUUGGGUGUCUGAAGGACUUUGGAAUUUCCUAUCGAGAAGUUCCUCUUGCAGAGGAUGGUGGCCUUGAUUGGGACACACUUUCUAUCUCCUUGAAACCUCAGACAAGAUGUGCUUUCAUACAGAGGUCAUGUGGCUAUACAUGGCGUCGUUGUUUGAGUAUACGGGAGAUUCAGCGAGCCAUCAUGAUGAUCAAGAAGCAAAAUCCUGAAUGUGUGGUCAUGGUGGAUGAUUGUUAUGGUGAAUUUGUAGAAGUUUUGGAGCCUCCAAUGGUGGGUGCAGAUUUAAUUGCUGGCAGUUUGAUAAAGAACCCUGGUGGUACAAUUGCACCAUGUGGUGGAUAUGUUGCAGGUAGAAAAAGCUGGGUGGAAGCUGCUGCGGCUCGUCUUUCUGCACCAGGUUUAGGUAUGGAUUGUGGAGCAACCCCUGGUGACAUUAUGCGGGCACUGUUUCAGGGGUUGUUUCUUGCACCCCAGAUGGUUGGGGAAGCAAUUAAGGGAAGCCUCCUCAUUGCCGAGGUCAUGGCAUCCAUGGGUUAUAAGGUUCAACCACUUCCUCGUGUAGCUCGUCAUGAUACAGUACAGGCAGUGCAACUGGGGAGUAGAGAACGACUCUUAGCAUUUUGUGAUGCUGUUCAAAGAAGCUGUCCAGUAGGUUCAUAUGUCAAACCCAUUUCUGGUACAACUCCUGGUUAUGCAUCUGAGGUGGUGUUUGCACAUGGAACAUUUAUUGAUGGAAGCACAAGUGAGCUUUCAUGUGAUGGACCACUUAGGGAGCCUUAUGCUGUCUUUUGUCAGGGAGGCACUCAUUGGACUCAGUGGGCGCUUGUUCUCGGUGAAGUAAUAAGGUCUUUGUAGUUUCAUAGGUUUGACACGCAGGUUAAAAAUAUGCACGUAGAACAAUUUUGAAGUAUCAGCAAUAUUCAUACUUCUGAUUGAUUGAUGCCUGAAAACACUCGUCUGUAACUUAUUAUUCAGGAAGAUCUGUAAUAUCAAUUCUUGAUG